CUGCCAUUCAUAUCCUUCCUUCUUCUCGUCGAACAACAUCACAGAAGAGCAUCAAGAUCCACAUCCCCAGGCUAAUCCAGCACAUAGAUAAGCGAAUCAUCCAUGGGAGCAGGGAUGAAGCGCGCGAGGGAGGAGGAGCCGGUGUCGUUGGCGCUCUCGCUGACCACUGAAUCGGCGUCUUGUACGACGUCGGCGGACUCGUCCGGCGCGGCGCCCGCGGCGGCACAGAAGAAGAGGGUGCGGCGGGGGCGGGUAGUGGCGACGUCCGGGGAGGGAGAGUUCGUGUGCAAGACGUGCAGCCGCGCCUUCACGUCGUUCCAGGCGCUCGGCGGGCACCGGACCAGCCACCUCCGCAGCCGCCACGGGCUCGAGCUCGGCGUCGGCAUCGCAAAAGCCAUCAGGGACAUGAGGCGGAGCGAGGACAAGCAGUCGCAUGAGUGCCACAACUGCGGGAUGGGCUUCGAGACGGGCCAGGCGCUCGGAGGCCACAUGAGGCGGCACCGGGAGGAGAUGGCGCUCACCGGCGGUGGCGCCGGCAAUGACCACUGGGUCUGGCGCAGCGUCGCGUUGCCAGAUCAGGAAACGCUGGGGCACGCCGCCGACAGGCCGCCUGUCUUACUCGAGCUGUUCGUGUAGUUAGCUAGCUGGAACUGUCUACUUUCUUCAUGGAGGACCUGUACAUGCCAUUAGAAUGAGAUACUUACUAACUAGGUUAAUUGUUCGAUUUGUUGUCACCAUUUUUCACAGUAAAAUAGUGGUUUGCUGGUUAGAGUUUUCCCUUGUAAUUAAUCAACACAAUUUCCUUUGUUCC